UAAAUAAACAAACUUUCUGUCAAACGGUUUACGGACAGUUCGUUGAACGUUCGAUUCGUUUACGACCCUAAAUAUUUGUUGCUCGUUUUAAUACAAGUCUCCUAUCACUCCAUAUGAUAUCUCCACGUUGGCAUUCAAAGACCUCCUAAAAUGAACUUGCUUAUCCAUGAUAUGAUUGACCACCGCUCCCAGAAAUUCUACGCUUCAUUUAACUUCAAUUGCUUAGUAAUGCAAUUUGCAUGAUUCUUUGAAUAUGCCCAAAUAAACACCUACCUCUCUCCUUCCAUUUCUACAGACCAUGUCUGCCACAGCCACACUAUCUUCAUCCAUAAUCAAGUGCUGCGAAGACACAAUUGGCCGCCGACAAAGGCUCGCCUUCGACGACAACGGUUUCCCGGAGAAAAACCUCAUACUCAACGCCUCCACCGUCAAGCCUCCACGGCCGAGACGGAUCAUUCUCGUCCGACAUGGACAGAGCGAAGGAAACGUCGACGAAGGAGCCUACACCAGAGUCGCAGAUCCGAGGAUUAGAUUGACGGAGAAAGGGAAACGAGAGGCGGAGCAAUGUGGACAGAGGAUUCGAGAGAUGAUUGAGAAGGAUGGAGCUGAUGAUUGGAAGGUUUACUUCUACGUUUCGCCGUAUCAGAGGACGAUCGAGACUCUGCGUGGUUUAGGCACGGCGUUUCAACGGUCGAGAAUCGCCGGCGUGAGGGAAGAACCACGGUUGCGAGAGCAGGAUUUCGGUAACUUCCAAGAUCAAGAACAGAUGAAGAUUCAGAAAGCAGUUCGAGUUCAAUACGGUCGGUUUUUCUACCGUUUUCCAAAUGGAGAAUCCGCAGCAGAUGUCUAUGAUCGAAUCACAGGGUUUCGGGAGACGCUGAGAACGGAUAUCGACAUUGGAAGGUUUCAGCCACCAGGGGAGCAAAGCCCUAACAUGAACUUGGUCAUAGUUUCACAUGGUUUGACAUUGAGAGUGUUCUUAAUGAGAUGGUAUAAAUGGACAGUUGAGCAGUUUGAGAGGCUCAACAACAUGCCCAAUGGAAAUAUGAUCGUCAUGCAAACAGGCCAAGGUGGAAGAUACAGUUUGUUAGUGCAUCACACCAAACAACAAAUGAUGGACUUUGGUUUGACUCAAGAAAUGCUUGUUGAUCAAGAAUGGCAAAAAACAGCAAAGCCAGGUGAACUAAACUACGAAAGCUUAACCGCUGGACCAUCUUUCUUCACCCAUUUUGAUGAUGAAAGUAAUGGAAGAUUCAGCUGAAGACUAAAGAUUUUUAGGUGAUGGAUUGAACAAACUGGGUGAUUUUGUAUCUUAUGAACCAAAUGCUAGUAAAAAAAAUAGUUAGAAUGGUUUUGUGCAUUGUGAAUCCAUGACUAAAAGUAAGUACCUUGUCAUCGGCAAACAUAUGAUUCUUUUGCGUCUGCUCUGUAGAUUCUGAACUGGAUAAUUUGAUUAUAUGAUUGCUACCUGUUUCUUUCUUGAA